GGGCCAGUCGGCCAGGCGUGUGAGAUGAAUGAGAGGCUGCGACCUUGCAUUGCGGUGACGGGGAAGAAGGAGCGUCGAAGUGCGGAGCACUCAGAAAGUACAAUCUCCAGCCCUUGAGCAUUUUGCCGGUCGAGUCAUCCGUAUUGGCUAACCGCACUUGAAUUGCUUUUCCUUGCCAUACUUAACCUUGAUAGGUCUGUGUUCGCGCGAUGUGUACAAGUCGUCUUAGGCACACCUAGGACUCGGAUCGAAACGCUUGGAGAUCUCCGCAGCCUGCUCGCACUCGCACCGAGCAGGCUAGCGGAUCGAGCAUGACCAUGUUUGACUCUCUCAAAAUGUGCCCUAUGCAUUCCCUCUCAACCGCUGCCAUCCGUCCUCCCCUUGCCGAACGAGUGCCUUAGCUCUGUGAAGAGACGCAGGACUGCCCUCCCGGCCAGAGCCAUAAUCGGGCUGUUUCGGGGCCAGUGACCAGUAUCAUCCGAAUCGGGCUCCUCAUCCCACCCAUAAAAGCCCUCCGACAUGCCAUCCUGCGCACACACCCGAGAUGAAAACCGACUCCCUACUCAUCGCGCUCUGUCUCAGUAUCCUGUCGCUAUGCACGAGCAUCGCCACUGCGCUGCCAGCCACGCCCGCCGAUAUGGCUGCGCGGGAGACUUGCACGCCGACGAGCGCGAGGGGGCUCGCCGUCGCCGCGCGCAAGAACUGCGGCUGAGGAGUGUUAGUGCUGGUGUGUCGACGAAUUCGCAGUGGGAUGUCGAGCACGAGUAGCUCUGGCAUGUCUCGUGCAGAAACCCCAAUAGACCGUGUUCUGAUUUGAGUACCAGAGCGGUGGGCAAGAACGAUGAUGCCCUGUGACAUUGAUGGAUGCGAUGUCUAAUCCACCCGUCCACUGUCGUGCGGAGAGCAAUGAGUAUGUUCCUCAAAGAAGCAAAGAGGAUCCGCAAGAAACACAGAAGUGGAUGCCCCAAACCCAUCGAGAAUCGCAUCGACUGCAAGCUAAGUACAGUCAUUUACCGGUCCUUGAUACACCAUCAGUCCUUGAUUCAGAUCAGAUAAAUCACUAUUCUUGCCUCUUCUGAACGCUCUCAGUCUUUAUAAUAAAUAUGAGAGUCUAGUAUCUAACAAGAAGUCCUAUGCCACCAGUUCCUAUGCUCAUCCCGUCUACAAUACAUUUACUAGAACUGCAUCUUUCAUGAGGUCCAAAAAUGGCCGGUG